CGCCAAGCAUGCACUUAUCACAGCAUACAUGACAUGUACGAGCUAACUGAAGCAGACAACUCCCUGCCUCUUACGCACUAGAUGUAGUAAGCGGAUACGUGUCCUAUCGCCAAACUAACUUAACGGAACGCUUCAUACGCGCGGAAGACAGAGUCAGAUUCUUUGAGAGACUUAGGACUUAACAGGACCUCAAAGUCACUUUGCGGCUGAAAGGGGCCGUACCUAAACCCCAAUUCAGCCGGCGGACCACUUGGAGCGGAACGCUGGUUUGACGUACUGUGUCAAAGUGCAGUCAACUUGCGCCUACUUCCGGUCUGAAAUCGACGAAAUUUUCAGCUGUCAUCCAAUUGUCGUUCCUGUCGUCACGGUCUACCCAGUCCAGUCAGACUUCGUGAGUCUUAGCCAUGGAUCCGAGGGAGCCCCCGAGGAAGCGGAGAGCGGAACGACGCGCCACGGGGAAUGCAGUGAGUGACGGCGAACAGGCGAUGGACUGCUGGUCGGCGCUGCCGUCCGUCGCCCUGGGGCAGGUCUUCGGCCACCUCGGCAUGAUGGACGUGGUGUCGGCGGGGCAGACCUGCCGGUCGUGGCGGGCCACGGCCAAGCAGCCCGCCGUGUGGAAGGGCCGAGCCCUCCUCUACUCCUGGGUCUACGAGGAUCUCGUCAGCAUGGACUUGCCUCGGUCCUACAGCCUCCGGCAUCGCAACGCGAGGGAGUUCGUCCGCAUCGUGCGCUUCGCGCCGCGCCUCCGCUGGCUCAAGACGGCGGAUGUCAUGCUGCCCGUAGCCCGCAAGGCCCUCACCCACUCUAAACUCAAGGUCUUUGGCCUUGGACUGAACGGACGAUUGGCUUGGUCUGCCAAGCUCCUGGCCCAGAAGCAGGAUGGCCUCGAGCAAGUCACUCUCCGAAACCCCGACGUUGCCUGUCUGCUCGCUGCUCUGCGGUGCCGCGACAUGCUCAGUCUGUAUUUGGAGUUCAGCCGGGACGAGAAAUACUCCUGUCCAGUGCUGUUGCCGAGUGUGGCAGUCCAGCGUGAGAAGCCGCUAAAGGCACUUAUUACCGACGGAGGCGAAUUUCCCGAGGCGGUGAGCAUGCUGGUGGAGCGCUUCGCCGACACGCUGGAGCAGUUGCACGUGUCCUGCCUGCCGAGCAGCGCCGCGCUCUCCCGCUGCACGCGGCUGCGCACGUUGGGGGUGAACCCGGACCCGGGAUCGGCUCAGGACCGCAGCGAGCUCCUCGCCGCCCUCCGCGGGAAGAGGCUGCGGUUCAUUGGCUUCAAAGGCGUAAACGAGUGGGUUCAACACAGCAAGGAGGACUGCCUUGCGUUUCGUGAGGAGCUGAAGCAAUUUGUCUGGGAAGGCGUGUAUUGCAAACAGUGUGCCUAGACACUGUUCGUUUACGCGAACACAUCGUGUUCAAGAAUCGGGUCAUUUUGACUUUAUGUUUUCUUAGUCAUGUUUUCUUAGAACAUGACAGCAUUCCCUUUCCUAUCCUUAAAUUUUAUAAAUUGCUCUUGUUUCUUUUUAUUUUGCCAAUUUUGUGUGACUCAUAAGACACAGAAAAUAAAUGACCACGUGGUUUACUUGAUACUC